AUGUCGACUGACAAGAUUGUCUUCUUGACCAACUGGCACGCUACGCCAUACCACGCCCCUCUUUACCUUGCCCAAGCCAGAGGUUACUUCAAAGACGAAGGCAUCAAAGUUGCUCUCCUUGAACCCAACGACCCCAGCGAUGUCACUGAGAUCAUUGGCACUGGAAAAGCUGAUCUCGGCUUUAAAGCCAUGAUCCACACUCUUGCUGCCAAAGCUCGAGGGUUUCCCGUUCAAUCAAUCGGCAGCUUGCUGGACGAACCUUUCACAGGGGUUGUCUAUCUAAAAUCAAGCGGCAUCACACCAGACUUCCGCACCCUCAAGGGCAAACGCAUCGGCUACGUCGGCGAGUUCGGCAAGAUCCAAAUCGACGAACUGACCUCCCACUACGGCAUGUCUCCGUCCGACUACACUGCCGUGCGAUGUGGCAUGAACGUCUCCAAGGCCAUCAUCGAAGGUACCAUCGACGCCGGCAUUGGCCUUGAGAACGUCCAGAUGGUCGAGCUUGAACAUUGGCUCGAGUCUCAGGGCCGGCCCAAAUCCGACGUUCAAAUGCUCCGCAUCGACGAGCUUGCCGAGCUCGGAUGCUGUUGUUUCUGUACCAUCUUGUACAUUGGCAACGAGGCAUUUUUGGCCGAGCAUCCCGACAAAGUCCGCUCUUUCAUGCGUGCCGUCAAGCGCGCCACCGACUUUGUCCUCCGAGACCCCGAGGCCGCGUGGAAGGAGUACAUUGACUUCAAGCCCGUCAUGAACACGGCCUUGAAUCGCAAAAUGUACGAGCGCAGCUUCCCUUACUUCAGCAUGGAUCUGAAGAAUGUCCGUCGUGACUGGGACAAGGUCACUGCUUAUGGCAAGCGUCUCGGCGUGUUGGAGAAGGGUUUCGCCCCCAACUAUACCAACGACUUUCUGGGCUGGAAAUUGCAGGGCGAGAGUCCCGACCCAACAGGUGAUCAAAAACGAAUGGCAGACUUGCAGUGUUCCAUUAGAGCGACUGGCGGACUGAGACGUCUUGAAGCUGCCGCGGCAUAA